CAAUCUAUCCAAAUUUGCGCGGGUUAAAUGCUAUCAUUGUCGGCUGUCAUCUUCGUCCUGUUCCUGGCUGCAAAAACACAAACGAAAAGGUCACUUCGUAUCGCUUGGAUAUACCGGAAUAAUGUCCAAGCGAGAGGCGUUUUUAGAGGCAGCCUGCAAGGAAAAGGUCGUGGACUUUCUUCGCUUUAUUCAACUUCAUAAGGACAAAGCUGAGCCAUUUGAUGUCGAGGAGGUGCUGCAGGAGAUGCCCAGAGAGCAGAGGGAAGCUCUCUGGAGGCAGCUGGAGUCACUCCUCCAGGAGAUUCUGAUGGAGUUACCUCCAGACCACUGGGAGGAGGGGCAGAUGCAGCAGGAGUCGGCUCCAGAUCCUAAACAUGUCAUGGCGGUGGUGGACGCUGUGGCCCUGGUGGCUGCUGUGUCUGUAAAGGUUUUACAGGAUGGGGACACCUACAGCUCACUUUUAGAUAUCGCCCACAGACUUCACGGUGUUUUGGUGUCACUCCCAGUGUCAGAGGCGCCAUUGCAGCUCCACCUACAGACGCUCUUUGAAGCCUGGUGGAAGAUGGGACUGCUGGACAGGGAAAAGUUUGGUCGCACCGUUUUCCUAAUCUCUCUCCAGAAGUGCUUCAUCCUAAAGAAACCGGGCCCUGAGAUCCAGAGAGUGUGGAGUCUCCACGAUGUUCUUACGAGUCUGGACUACACAUCAGAAGACAAGCAGAUAACCGACUUACUGCUUCAGUGCUUUCACCGUCCUGCUCACAUUAAAAACGAUGAUGGGAAGCGAUUCCUGGUGUUCCUUUUCAGCUGGAAUGUCGAUUUUAUCUGGGUUAUCCAUGGCACCAUUAAAAACCAGCUGGAGUUUUAUCACAAGAGCAUGGCUACUCAUAUUGCAGAGAUCUACUUCAGAGCCUGGAAGAAGGCUAGUGGGGAGUUUCUGGAGAUGAUUGAGAGCUCAUGCAUUCAGGAUUUCAUGCAGAAUGCGAUUUUUCUUCAAAGAACAUCACCUGUUCACAGCAAAGUUAGACAGAUCGUGAGCUAUUUUCACUCGAGGAAAGGAUGCCACAGCGUGGACAAGAUGCUGUAUAACCUCUACCGGCCGAUUCUCUGGAAAUCUCUCAGUGUUCCUAACUUUGAGGUGCGCGCAAAUGCCACUUUGCUUUUCACCGAUGCCUUCCCAGUCCAUGACCCAGAUCUAAACACCAAAAAUGUGGACAUGAACAUUCAAAAGCAGCUGGACACAGCAAUGGGGCUCCUUGAUGACCCUCACCCCACCGUGCGCUCCAACGCCACCCUGGGGGUCUGUAAGAUCUUGGCAAAGUGCUGGGAGCUCCUCCCUCCAACCAUCAUCACAGAUUUCCUGAAGAAGCUGGUGAUGGAGCUGGCCGCUGACAGCAGCUCUCCUGAUGUUCGCUGCUCAGUCUUUAAGUGCCUGAAUAUUGUCCUGGACAACCCACUGAGCCAUCCCCUGCUGGAAAAACUGCUGCCAGCUCUCAAGUACAGCCUCCACGACACCUCGGAGAAAGUCCGCACAGCUUUCCUCGACCUGCUCAUCAAGGUUAAAGCAAUUCGUGCUGCCAAGUUCUGGGAUAUCUGCAGCAUGGACCACCUCCUAGCCCGCCUCGCCAUCGACUCCCUCUCGGUCUCCAAGCGCAUCGUCGACCUGCUCUUCAAGUCCUUCUUCCCCGUCAACGAACCGGAGAAGGAGUGGUGCUGCCGGUGCAUCACCCUCAUCCAGAUGAACCCCAUGGCUGCCAGGAAGUUCUACCAGUUUGCUCACAAACACACAGCCGCCACUAACAUCAUAAAGCUAAUGCUGGCUAUUCGUCGCAUUCUGAACAGCUGCAUCCAGGUUGACUUUGACGUGACGGAAAUAAACGACAGCAACAAGGAAAACAGCACACAGGGGGGGCCUGAGGUGCUGGCACAGGACAGGGCUGUUGUGUCCAGUCUGCUGGAAGUCGUGGUCAUCCUGUGGAGAAGUGUUGAGAAGGCGCUGAAACAAAAUGAAGAGGCGCACAAGUACACAGUUGCCAAGUUUGGAAAUGUUAUGGCCAAGUAUUUCCAGGCUUUUGAAGACGAGCGCUCCACUGUGCCUCUCAUACAGCUGGCCUCUUUUAUGCCCCCAGCUGCAGUUCCAACCUUUAGCUGUGGAGUCCUGUCCAGACUGAGGAGGAUGGACUCUGGAGCCACUCCAGCACAGUUCAGCCAGCUGCUGGACUGCAUCUGCAGUUGGGGCCAGGUGGAUGACAUCCUUGAACUGGUCUCUGACUGGCUCAGCAAGUCCGUUCCCAAGCAAGGGGACAUGGCCUCUAAAAGCAGAAAGGUGCAAAUCCAGGAGACGGUGAAGGCCGAACCAGACCUGGCUCUGGCGUAUCUGGAGUUCCUCUUCAGCCACACUUCCACACGGGAGAAAGUCCUGGGUCUCGGCGAGGGGCCUCUGAAGCAGCUCCAUACACUUUUAGGGAACUGGAAGUCGGUGCUCUACACUCACCUCAGCUCCUCCACAGAAGACCCAAACAGUCCCAAAGUGGAGACGGCGCUGAAAGCCUUGAUGUACCACGGUCGCCUCGGUGCACAUCUCCAACAUAACUCGACAGAAGGUCGGUUCUACCUGCUCUCCCUGGAACAUGUGGCAGCGUGGGUCGCAGACAGGGUUCUGCCCUUUCUGACUAAACGUAGGAGCGAUGACGGCGGGGAUUCAGGGAAGUCGCAGCAGCUCGCCACACAGAUAACAGAGAGCUUCCUGAUGGUAUGCCGUGAUGUUUUUCUCGUGGGUUUGGGGGACGAGACGUUCAAAGGCCAAAUCCUCCACCUGUGCUCACUCGUCCUCCUCUCAGAGGCAGGCUACCUGUGUAUCCCAGCAGUGCUACCAAUUUUAAAGGAGGUGGCGAACAGCGUUGUGCCUGAUGAUAACAACCAGGAUCAGGAGAUUCAUGGAGAAUCCACCUUGGUGAUUUUGGGUGUGGUGGCCAACAUCUUCCAGAAGAUCAUAGAGCUGUUGGCACGCUGCCUGAGGAAAGAACCAGAAGAGGGACAACUUCUGUGUCAGUCAGCCAUUCCCGGUCUGACGGACUUCCUCCAGGUGGCUCAAACCUGGGAAGCAGCACUUCUUAGCGGGGUAUACUCCACCGUGUUUGCCGCCAUCAUUGUGGAGAAGAGACAUUUGCUUCAGAAGCUUACCCUUCCUGAAGAGGUUUUAAUCCCUCAGUCAGUUGAUGAAAUGCCUCCCUUGUCCAACGUACUGCUAUCUGUCAUCCUCAAAUCACCCUUUAUCACAAGGUCAUUUUUGGCAGAGGUCUCUUCAUCUUUGGACUCGGACGCCCUCAGCAGUCUCACCGAGCUGGCGGCAGUUCUGCACGUCUUGGCGGUCAUUAAACAAACGGGGCAUUCCAAAGGGGGCAUAAAGAGCGCUGCGGUUUCUGUCCAGCAGCAUCUUGACAACCAUGCAGUCUGUUCUGUGGACAGCAGCGAAAUCCAGAGGGUUAUGUAUGAUUCUUCGGUGAAGACUUUGAAUGAGCUUCUGCAUUUCUAAUCUUCCAUUAAUUAAAAAAGAACGAUGAGUUUGGGUGAUGUUUUUUCUCACACUUACACUUCAGAUUUAUACUCUAUCAAAAUGUGGAGAACUUGCAUAAAAAAUCUCUCAUUUUACAUUUAUAAUGUUUGCAAAUGAACUUCAAAAUGUUGUCUGUAUUUUUUCCUUUACACCUUCCACUGCUGUCAUUUAUAUCUUCAUAUUUAAAACAUACUUUUUACGUAUCUGUAUUUGUCUUUAUAUAUCUGUUGGUUUGUCAGCCCGGUCUUUGAUUAGCAAUAAAACAAACAGGUCAUUGAA